GUGAGUCUGGUCUGGGUAAAUCCACUCUGGUGAACAGUCUGUUCCUCACUGAUCUGCACAAAGACAGAAAACUGCUCAACGCAGAGGAACGAAUCAGUCAGACGGUGGAGAUCAUGAAGCACACGGUGGACAUUGAGGAGAAGGGUGUGAAGCUGAAGCUGACCAUCGUGGACACGCCGGGGUUCGGAGACGCCGUCAACAACACUGAGUGCUGGAGGGCCGUCACCGACUACAUCGACCAGCAGUUUGAACACUAUUUCAGAGACGAGAGCGGACUCAACAGGAAGAACAUCCAGGACAACCGGGUGCACUGCUGCCUCUACUUCAUACCGCCGUUUGGACACGGGCUUCGUCCCGUUGAUAUAGAGUUCAUGAAGGCCCUGCAGGAUAAAGUUAACGUUAUUCCUCUCAUCGCGAAGGCCGACUGCCUCACUCCCAGUGAGAUAAAGAAACUCAAAGAGCGGCUGAGGGAAGAGAUAGAUAAGUAUGGGAUAAAGAUCUACCAGUUCCCUGACUGCGACUCCGACGAGGACGAGGAGUUCAAGCGGCAGGAUAAAGAGCUGAAGGAGAGCACUCCGUUCGCAGUGAUCGGCAGCAACACCGUGGUCGAAGCCCGAGGUCAGAGAGUGAGAGGGAGGCUCUACCCGUGGGGCAUUGUGGAGGUGGAGAACCCGUCCCACUGCGACUUCGUGAAGCUGAGGACCAUCCUGAUAAGAACCCACAUGCACGACCUGAAGGACAUCACCAGCGACUGCCACUACGAGAACUACAGAGCCCAGUGCAUCCAGACCAUGACCAGUAAGAUGAAUGCAGAUAAGCGGGUGGAGAGCCCGAUCCCGCUGCUGCCGCUGUCCACGCCGGACGAGGAGACGGAGAAACUCAUCAAGAGAAAAGACGAAGAACUGAGGAGGAUGCAGCAGAUGCUUCAGAAGAUGCAGCAGCAGAUGCACGAGCAGGACCUGUGACCCCCGACCCCCCCGCUGACCGCCCGCCAACCCCUCGCUGACCUCCUAUCAGCGGCCAUUUAAUGAACGAACACACAGUAGAGACUUUCCACAAAACGUUGUCUCUUUAAGGGACAUGCUGCGUAUUUCAACCUGAUUUAAAUGUUUCAUAAAUUUAGCUUUUUUUUAAAAUGCAGUCAUUAGCCAAGUGAGUGUAGUUAGGCAAUAGAGAGUAGAUUGCACUUUGUUACCUUUAGAGCAGUGGUUCCCAACCUUCAUCCAUCACUGGGUAAACUGAUUAUAUUCAAUAAACACAGAACAGCUGAUCAACUGAACAAUGAACCCACACAGUGAACUCAAUAACUGCAGGAAGUUUGUGUAAAACCAGAGAUUUUGGUUAAUUAUUGAGCAUUUUUUAAGAUUAUUUCCCUUCAAUAUUCAUCAGAGACGAGUUUUUCAGAUAUUU